GGCUGGGCGAUUAGAGCGAAAUAAAUUGAUGGUAACGCAUCUACUAAUACCGGAACAAACUGGCACCCCAGAUUCUUGUACUACGCAUAACGAAGAAGAUAUCUUUGAUUAUCAGGAUCAGCAUAAUCUUAUCACUCUCGGUUGGAUUCAUACACAUCCUACACAGACUGCAUUUUUAUCAAGCGUAGAUCUUCAUACGCACUGUGCUUAUCAACUGAUGAUGGCGGAAGCUAUAGCGAUAGUUUGUGCGCCUAAAUAUGAUGAGACAGGAUUCUUUAUCUUAACACCUGAUUACGGCUUGGAUUUUAUCGCAAAUUGCAGAGAAACGGGAUUUCAUCCACAUCCUACUGAACCACCGUUAUAUACAAAAGCAAGACACUACAAAUUAGACGUAAUGGCACUCCAAGUGGUAGAUUUACGAAGAAAAUGAUAUAUCUCGGAUACGAGAUAAUUUACUGAAAAAUAUUUCUAAUUAAAUCUUGGAAAAUAGCACGUUACAAUAAAAAUCGCGAAUCUUAUUACGCGCGUAGUGCAUAAUUAGUCUUAUUAUUUAUACUUUUACUGUUAUUGCUAUCACCGAGGGUGGCAGUGUGGUCUUGUGGUAAAGCGCCAGACUCGUACGUCCGUGGAACCAGGUUCGAGCCCACCUGAUCACAACGUCCUGUGAUCAGGUGGACUCGAACCCAGUUCCACGGGGUUACGAGUCUGGCGCUUUACCACAAGACCACACUGCCACCCUCGGUGAUAGCAAUAACAGUAAAAGUAUAAAUAAUAAGGCUUGUAUUUGUAUUUAAUAUUUUCUCAAUUUUAAUCAAAAGUUUUAAUUUAUUUAUUACAAGUAUAUUUACACGUAUUGAACAAGCGAAAUUAAAUGUACAUAACAUAACAUAACCUUUGUUACAUUAAUAUUUUAUUUUUGUUGUUUUCAUAGUUUCAACAAGGGGUUCUGUUACGUUCUGCUUAAAAUAUAAAUGACGUUUUGAAAAGGAUAUAGAAUAUAUUUUAUACAUUUUUCAUGUUUAUAUGUUACAUAAAAAGACAAAGUUCAAUAAUAAAUGCCGUAGACUCAUACGUGAUUAAAACUUCAACUUUAUUUUAUAUAGAUGACUAUUUUAAUUUUUAGUUUAGAUAUUAAAAUAGUCAUUGAAAAUGUACCUUUGAUUUUUUGUUUAAAUAGCAAGUUUAAUAUAAAUAAUUUUUUUUUAUUGUGUAACGUUCUCAUUCACAAGACGUUGUACCGUUUUAAACAACGUUCAAAUUAAAAUAGAUAUCUUACUUUCCUUCAUAAAAGAUAUAUAAAGUUCAUCGUGCCUUUUUGAAAAUAACAAGUGUUCAUAACAUUGAAUUCUAAUCUUAUGCUAGAUACGCGAAAGACAUCAUGUCACAAAACGCUUUGUAUAUAUUAAUCUUACUGAAAGAUACGUGUGUAGAUGGUAUGAAUAUAUAUGUGAAAUAGAAUUAUUUAUUCAUUUUGUUUGAUCAAUUAUAUUAAUCGU